AAGGGUGGAGUAUGAAACAUUCGCUUUGAAAUGGCGCACUGCAGGAUGAUGCUACGACUUCUGAUACUGACAGCAGCGUUUGCAUUCGUUGCCGAUGCAAAAGACCCUCUCCCUCGCUUUCUCCCAACUAUAGCAUUUCCAACGAAGCACUUCGAAACGCGGCCUGAGCUCGGGAAGUACCAGGAUGCAUGGAGGUUUAUUACACUCAACAAGACGAUGCACCUUUACAAGCGUUCUUACAAGGGUGAGGAUAUGUACCGUGACGAUGAAAAGUGCGUGGUGGCAAAACCGCUAAACAUUGACAGCGACAUAGUUACGAUGGAAGUAACGAACAACGGCAGGACGAUUUUUAAUUGGUUCUUGACGAAAGAACACACAACGGGGUACAAGGAAAGUAAUGUCCUCGUCACAGCUUUCCUCGAACACACUCCUGGCUACCGGUCCCCAAUGGUGUUUUCAGACUACAAAUCAUGUGGAAUCCUGAGGGUGCCUCACUUUGAGAGCGAAAAUCGGUUUGCUUGCGAAUUAUGGGCCAUUGGGAAGAAGCCCAGGGUGAGAAAUUGCUGUCUUUUCGUCUACGACCUGCUAUGUGGAAUGAAGGACUUCGUGGGGUACGAUGCCAUGAAAUGCAAACCCUAAAAGUUGGUUAUAGCUGUGGUUAUUGAACAAUAAAAGGAGCCGAGCAUGA